UUAGUAUCACAGGAAAAAGCAAGAAACCUUGGGUGUUUUUUUAAUUCUAUGUUCUGUUCCUUGUUUUUAUUCCUUCCGUUUUAUUAUCACACUUGUUCACUGCCUAAAAAGCAAGAUACCUUGAUUUUCAUUAUUUUUUUUUCUUUCUACAAUGUUCUCUCAUCCUUAAGUUUCAGUUAUCAACACCAAAACGCAAGAAACCUUGUAGUUAGUUUUACUUAUUCUAUGUUCCAUCAAGAAUCAAGAAACCUCACUAAACAGUAAACACUACCAUUAGAAAAACAGUGAUGGUGGGAAGCUUAGAUCUUUUGCCACGAGAAUUGGUGUCCAAAAUCCUCUCAAGGUUACCGGUGAAGCUUCUUCUCCGAUGCAAGUGCGUGUGCAAAUCAUGGUUCGAUAUCAUAACGGAUCCUCAUUUCGCGACCAAUCACUACGUUGUCUACAACAACAUCGAAGAAGUAGAAGAAGAAGAACUCUUGGUGAUUCGAAGACCCUUUCUUUCUGGUCUCAAAACUUAUAUCUCUCUUCUUUCUUGGGACCCCAAAGAACCCAAAGGCUCUGUUUCUUCUGAAAUUCUGAACCCUCCUUAUGAUUACGACUCUGAUCACAAAUACUGGACCGAAAUCAUGGGUCCUUGCAAUGGCAUAUACUUCUUAGAGGGGAACCCAAAUGUGAUGAUGAACCCUUCUCUGAGAGAGUUCAAGGCUUUGCCUGAAUCUCAAUUCACAACUCCACGUGGCACUUAUUCCUUCACUGAUUACUCUGGGUUCGGGUUUGAUCCAAAAACUAACGACUUCAAAGUUGUUGUGAUCAAGGAUCUUUGGUUGAAGGAAACAGAUGAGAGAAAACCAGGGUACUGGACAGCUGAAUUGUUCAGCCUCAACUCAAAUUCAUGGCGAAAACUUGAAGAUGAUGCUGUUCUUCCUCUCCCGUUUGAGAUUUGGGGUUCUUCUCGUGUUUACACUUACGUCAACCAUUGUUGCCACUGGUGGAGCUAUGUUAGCAACAGCGUUGACCGAAGAAAGAUGCAGUCAACGCGAGAUCUUGUUCUAGCAUUCAACCAUGUCAAUGAGUGUUUCAGGAAGAUCGAGUUACCGAGAAUAAGGUACUCUCGCGAAGAAGAGUUUGCGACUCUGGUACCCUUUGAAGGUACCAUUGGCGUUAUUGUUUACCCUGUGAGGGGAACAGAGAAGGUUCUAGAUGUAUGGAUAAUGAAGGAUUAUUGGAACGAUGAAUCUUGGGUUAAGCUAUACAGUGUUGGACCUGUGAUGGUGGUUUACAAGCUUGUUGGGUUUUAUGGGAGUGACAGGUUUCUUUGGAAGGAUAGCAAUGAGAGAUUGGUGAUGUAUGGAUCUGAAUCGAAGGAAAUGAGGGAUCUUGAGGUUUAUGGAAAGUAUGAUUCGUUAAGAGCUGCUAGGUAUACUCAAAGCCUUGUUUCACUUCAUAGAGGGAACGAGUUUCCUCACCAAUUUGUUUCUUGUUGUUUGGUUCCGGAUCCUCUGCUCAAUCAAACUGACACGGACCUCAUUUCCUUUUUGUUGCAUUUGGAUAAAGCUACCAUGUGUGUUACUGAAACAAGACAUGGAAGUCAGACACGCAUUAGUAGUAUCCUUUUUCUUAUGUACAUUGAAAGAGGGCUUUUUUAUUUAUAUAUGCAUGAGAAAAUCAUUUAUUCCCAAAAUGCACAUGAAUAAAAAGUGAGUUCAAAAUGUGCAGCUCCAUUUCAAUUCAGACAUCCAUAAAAUGGUAUUACUCAGUAUUUCAACCAUGGUGCCCAUGAAUUAGAGAUCUCAUCUCAACUUUAUUGGCCACGAAAUGGAGCUCCCAUUUCCUGCAUGGCAAACGCAAAUUGGAGAAACGAACUCAGGCAUGGCAGACGCAAAAUGGUGGUACGGCAAACGCAAAAUGGAGAGCGUGUCAAGUUGGGCACACACGAAAUGGGCACCAAUUUCUGGUGUACCACACACGAAAUGAGGCAACUAAGUGCAUACCUCACACGAAUUAAAACCAAAGCUAGGCUAUAUAAAUCAUUCUCCUACGGAAGUCAUGUCACAAUUCCAAUUUUCACUUCUUUUACUUUCUCUUU